UUUCACUUAUGGAUCACAUAGAGGAUGGUAACCAUCAACAAAAGCAAUCGGUCUCAAAAGAGAAUGAAUCAGUCAACAGGGACACAAACCUAUGCUAGUGUGGCUCAUGAAUAUGAACUUUUGCAUGGUAAUUAAAGAGCCAGAUAGAUGGGAAUUGUUCAAAUUAACACAUCGAAAGGUAGGAACUCAAGAGCCAAUUGAUGCAGAAAGUGCAAAAGCAAUUGCGGAUUUUGACGAGGCUGAACAAAAGAGGCUAAACAUGAAUGUUGACAUUAUUGCUCCAAAAAUUCGUGAAAAAAUGUAUGCUGAGGUUCUUGGUAAGGAGAAGGGAAACCGAUUAAGGGUUCUUAGAGCGGGGGUUACCUGGGAUGAAGUUCCUGGAAUUCAUCUAGAAGAGCAAGGUGUUUCAAAGGAAGUGCAAUUCUUGUUAGAGCGAUUGGAAGCACAAACCAAAGAGGCACAAAAGAGGGAAGCACGUAUAUAUGAUGGAUGAAUCACAAAGGAAAAUGGCUGAACAAACACAAAAGAUGGAAGAAAUUUUUCAAGUAAGGUUUGUAGGCAUGGCAGUCCAGAAAAUGGGAGAGAUGUUUAAAAAAUGUGGAAUAUCGGUGGAUACAUAAGAAGAUAUGGUGCAAACAAUGUCUCAGUUUGCUCAUCACAUUUCUCAAAGGCCGUAAAAUGUGGUUUUUUCCCCAAAUCAUCAUUUGAGUUUAGCAUUUGAGUGUUC